ACACAUCCGCCCAGUUUUCCGAUGUUUCAUUCCCCCCCGAGUUAAAAAUGGAGCUCGAUUAAAGCAGAUGGACAGCAACUUCUCCAGAAAACGUUGACGGCUACAUUUGAUUUCUUAAAGGGACAGUUUGAAUACCGAGGACAUUUCGGCGUCUUUGCCCGCACAGGAUUCCUCCUCUAGUGCGAAUUUCUCGGACACGUUGACGGAGCAACGCUGCACAGCGCUUUUUUCAAGUGUUGUCCUGGACCUGAAGUUUAGUUGGCGAAUGGAUGCUCGACAGUCAACCACAAAUAACCUGCAAAGUGGUUCAGCCUACAACUAUUUCCCCGUCUUUUAAGGAUAUUUACAUUGUGUUUUUUUAAUUCAAUUUCUGAAAGGCAAGGAUAUUUGUUUGCUGGCAAGAAUGACGCCGUUGGCUCGUUUGUUGUGGUCGGAUUUUACUUCUUCAACUAGGGAGGAUAAAAUGAAUCAACGAUUGUCAUUCCUCCUCAGCGACUAAGGCUAAGCUAGUUUUGACUUCACGGGGUCGCCUUUUAGGCAUGCCUCUUCGUACAAGGUUAACCCACUCUCCCAAAAAAACGUAAUUACUCUUUUGUGGAGGAAAAUGGUGAUUUUUGUGGUAUUUUAUCCCGCCGUCGCUGCGUCGUCGAUGCUAUUGCUAGGAUUUGCAUCCCCUUGAGGAAAAAAAUGAGUGAAGAUUCAACAAAUCCCAACAACGAUGACAGUUACGCGCGCGUGAGAGCAGUGGUCAUGACUCGGGAUGACUCCAGUGGUGGGUGGCUUCCUUUGGGAGGUGGAGGCCUCAGCUGUGUCACUGUCUACAAGGUUAGCCGUGCAGAGGACAAUGGCAGCAUUCACAGCGGUGAGAGUGGCAGCAACCUAAGCCCGUGUAGCUCCAGUCCUAGUCCGAGUCCGAGCCCUAGUCCAAGUCCCACUGCUGUGGAGUUUCACAUCAAGGGUGAAAGGCUCAAGGACAAACUGGUGGUCCUGGAGUGUGUUCUGCAGAGAGAUCUGGUAUACAACAAGGUCAACCCUAUCUUCCACCACUGGAGGAUCAAUGACAAGAAAUUUGGUCUGACGUUCCAGAGCCCUGCUGACGCCCGCGCCUUUGACCGAGGCAUACGCCGAGCCAUCGAAGACAUCAAACAAGGCUGUCGUCCAUUUGGGGAAGGAGAUACUCCUGAGGAUGUACUACCGGUAUGUGAAGAGCCUCCCUCCAUUUGUACCCCAAUCAAAGAGCCCUUCUCUCCUCUAAACCCAAUCGAGCCAUUCAGGGGCUACUAUGUCCGCGCUCAGGCGUUCGAUGACAGCCGCCGCUACCUGCCACCUCAGUCAACUCGCCGCGUGGGUUUCCGUAUAGAUGAGGAGGAGAUUGUGCGCAUAAACCCGCGCAAAGACGUACUCAUCCGAGGUUAUGAGGACUACCGCCACCCCGUCAUGUGCAGGCGCGAUGCGGACCGGGAAGACCUGGACUUCUCCUCUCCUUCUCCCAAACUGGACAGUAAGAAGUGCGAGUACCUGUUUCCCGACGGCCCCGGUGGAGACUCCCACUCUGGCCCUGGUAUGGGCAUAGGAACAGGUAUGGGCCUGGGUCUCGGCAAGGACACGGCGAUUAAGACUCAGCCGUCACCCCUGCUCAAGUGUAAAAAGGGUCGUCGACGAAGAGAGGACGGCGAGCGUUCACGCUGCAUUUACUGUCGAGAGAUGUUCAACCACGAAGACAACUGGCGGGGGCAGUGCCAAGACGCCCCCGACCCCAUCAAGCAGUGUAUCUACAAAGUCAGCUGCAUGCUCUGCGCGGAAAGCAUGCUGUAUCACUGUAUGUCUGACUCCGAGGGGGACUUUUCCGACCCCUGCUCGUGCGACACCUCCGACGAGCAGUUCUGCCUCCGCUGGCUCGCCUUGGUGGCGCUCUCCUUCAUCGCGCCCUGCAUGUGCUGCUACCUGCCGCUGCGCGCCUGCCACCACUGCGGCGAGGCUUGCCACUGCUGCGGGGGCAAGCACAAGGCCGCAGGGUGACCCCGCGUCGAACACUGGGACACCCUCAAAGCUAGCUAACAAAGGCAGAGCAUAGAAGCGGAAAAUGAAUAGCUGGCAUCCUUUUUUCAUUCCCCUCUCGGAUGGGGUGAUGUGAUGUUGAACCCCAGCUCUGGGAGAGCUUUUGGAGAUUUCAGUUUGAGUUUGUCGCUGUCGAGCAGCUGUGGAGGACAAACCAUGCGCUUUGUGGGGGCUCUGAGCAGCAAGCUAAGUGCAGGAGUUUAAUCUGAGUUGAAAGACAUCAUGAUCAAUAGACUUGAAGAUGCUACUACAUACACCUGUACACACACAAACACACAUACACUCGUCUCCUACUCUGUCUUCUACGUUGACAAAGCCAGGCCACAUACCAGAAUCCUACUGCAAGUAAAGUGUAACUAUGAAGGAAAACGCCUUGUACAGACAAAAAGCUAACGAUAACAACAAAACAAAACUCUGAUGUGUUGCGGUAAAAGGUACUUUGAGUAUGCUAAAAGGGAUAUACUCUUUUUUUUUUUUUUUGGGUGAAUUUGCCGUUGGGGAACAGUGGCCUUUCCUUCGUGGCUCGAGCAUUCACUGACAAUGCAAUGACUAGACAGGGAAAAGUGCACUAAAAUGGUAUCCCCCCCCCCUAAGUAAAAGUAACCUUUAAGGAAUUGUUGUGGUACAUUACCAUGUUUAGUGCAACUUUAACAUUUAAAAAGAUUUUUUUUGGGUGGACGUAUGGCCAACUGACCCCCUCCCCUGUUUUUUUUUUUGUUUUUUUCUUAUUUUAGAAGGUCUGAUCUGGCAACAAACCUUCACUGUAGUAACAUGUUAGCUAUGCUUUGCUUGGCUGAUUGUAAACAUUAGAUUCAUUCCAAAAUAAAGGGACUGGUUCCAUUUUAAGAAAGAGCUAAACAUCAACAUUACAACUAUGAAUCCCCCAGCAUUGAAAAAAAACAAACAUCUUUAGCUAUUUGAAUUGAAAUCAACCCAUAAUAUGAUUGAAUUUGGUGAACUGUUUCAGGAUUUUAUUUACUGCUGUAGUGAAAUACCAUUUUCCUGUAUUUUUUAUUUUUUUUUUUGUAAUUAGUUUUGAAGCAAAGGUUGGUAUGUUACUCAACCAGCAAGUUUUGUUUUGGUGAUUAAAGGGGUUCCAGUGCUCCUUGGUUAAACGAUGAGGCACUUAAUUAGGAUAUAUUUAAAAAUUGAGAACCUUCAGAUUUCUGAAUUAGUCUGUAGAUGAAUGUCAUUAAUUUAACACCCGGAUUGGAAUGGGGGGAAAAAACAACAACCUUAAAGCACUGCUUGCCUUUGGUUGCAGCACCCUCUCCGGAUCUUCCCCUUUGUCCUCUAAAUGUUUUCCCUUUUUGUUCUUCAUGUACUUGGUAAAUGUGGUAUUCCAUUGUUCCUCUCCUCUCCUCCAUGUUCUCUUUUCUUCAUGUGAAAGACCCCGAAUGAAUGCGUUUUAUCUCCACUCUUACAAAAAAGUUAUCUUUGUGUUUGUGUGUGUGGGUGUAUUUAUGUCACAUGUCUUCCUGUUCACAGCCGGUUUCAUGUUAUAAUGUCACCGCUGACCACGACUGGUAGGAGAAUGGCAUGUGGGUUUUUUAGGUCUGAACAAAGGAAGGAAUCACACUCGGAUGAUGAGAUCCAUGCCUCCCUCCUUUUGUUUGGACAUGUUACAGGGUUCUCGUUUAGUUCUAGGUAAAGUUAGAUAACAGGUUUAAUACACGUUUUCCAAUAAUGUGUGUUUUUAGAAAAAAGCUGCAGUUUUCUAUUACAAGGGCUGAGUAUUCCUGGUGUUGGGAUUGGACAUCAAGGCAAUCUGGAGAUCCCAAAAUUGGUCCCACAUGUUGUGUAAAACCACAGUGGGUCCUUUUGGAGGGUGAUGGAACAUGCAUGAUCAGGCCAUGUUGAUUAGAGCGUUUUGGACUUGAAAUGGACCCAGGCUUCUUUUCUGCAUCUCCAGGGCGGAGCCAAAAUAAGCAGCGAUUGGCUGAACGACGGUAAUAUCAGCAAACAGACAGGAGUUAUGUCAGUCAGUCAGUCAAAAACGUAAACAAACAGGGUCAGAGCUUGCUCGUGUGUCUUUCUAUGUAUGUGAUCAUUCUUUCCACAUUUUCCCACAUCUAGACCCCCAACACAAGAGCUAACUCACUCAGACCUGUGUAAAUGAGGGUUAAACCCCGUUUCCCCCCAAAACGUCUGAACACUCCCUGUUAAAACGAUAGAAUGCAACUUCAAUCUGGACAUAAGCACACGAUCUUUCCUUACUCCUCUCUGGUCAAUGCUCCUUUUACUUUCUAUGCAAACUCUAAAGUGUGGCAAACACGUUGACCUCUCUGCAAACUGAGUCAGUGAAGAAACAGGACACUUUAAUGCUCUGUAGGUAGUUGACCAACCCUCGGUACCAAACUAAACAACCUUGUAAAUAAGUAAUACUAUAUUUAAGUACUGCUAAUAAUCCCAGCUUUAUCGUCUUUGAGAUUUGGAAAAUAGAGCUGUAUUUAUUGUUGCUGUCAGCAUAUCUUGUAGCUUGGAAUGACAGCAUUUUGUACAUAGGUCACAUUUUAGUAUUAUUUCACAUUGAAAGGUAGAGGGCUUUCUGAUGGACUAUUGAGCUUCUGUAGUUUUGUAUGGUAGACAGAAGGAUAGUGCUAACACAGUACAGUAGUGACAGUUCGCUUCUUUUUAAAGACAUAUAAAUAUAUAUAUAUAUAUAUAUACAUAUAUAGAGUAGUAGAUAUGCAUACAUGUACUACUCUAUAUAUAAAAUCACAUGUGUACAUUCACGUAUAAAGCUGCUAGAUACAAUCACUAAUUUUAUUGUGUUGACAGAGAAAAUCAGCAGGAUCGACUGUUAAACCUAAAUCUCCAUCUUACAGCAGUCAUGCGUUCGAUUCCUCUGUGCAUUUUAUUUUACCCACAGGUGUGUGUGUGUGUGUGUGCGUGCACCCAGGUUGGUGGCUGUGUGGGGUUGGUGUGCAACCAAAAGUCUGGUUGCCUGUCAUAUUUGCCCCCCUCCUCCCUCCCUGCUGCUUUUUUUUUUUUUUAUUAUUUUAUUUUGAAAGUCGAACCAAGGUGUGGUGAACCUGAUUAAAACUUGCUGGCUGAGAAGCAAAAGAGGGCGUGCUUUUAUAAAGUGUAGAGAAUGCUGAAAUAACCCCUUCUUCUUCUGCAUUAACCAGCACAGGGCAACCUCCUGUCAUGUACUGUAUUAUAUAUGCAACGUGUGUCUGUCUGCUUUAAUAUAUAUAUUUUUUGAUCUGCAUUAUAUAAGACUUCAGUUUUAACCACUUUGCUGCUAGUCUUCUAUUCUCUUUCAAUCUUGGAAAUUGUGCAUAUCUUUGUGAAUGCAUACAAGUGUACAUUCUUGACCUUGUGUAGAUUAAAAAAAAACAAAAACAAAAGAAGCUAUAUAAAUCCUGUUUCUCUUCAGUGUAUUGUUUAAAAAAAAGGUUACUUUUCACAGCAUUUGAGUGGUUUGGAUUCUCCGAUGCUUUGGUGCACUGAUACUACGUGUAAGCUUUUCUCCCAUCUUACGGCGCUUGGUGUAACAUUUAUGUGAUUACUUCUAAAUAGUGGAGGACAUUUGUGUUUUUGAAACUUGCAGUAUAAAUGGUACUACUCUUGAUUAUUCUGUAAACACUGCCUGUUUUCUUUCUUUUCUUUCUUUCUGGCACUUCCUGUGCAUGUUUCCUUUCUGUGAGAUACCUUUUAUUUUUGCCUUUUCUUCCUUUCAUUUUAGUGCCAACGGCCUUCGCAUCCUGACAACCUCAGAAAAGUGCCUCACGUCCAUCCUACUUUUCGUUUUUAACACCUCUCUUUCCGGUUUGAUCGGUUUUUACAUGUCUAGGUAUUUCUUAUCAUGGUUCGAGAAUACCAAGUAUCUGAUGUAAAAUUUAUAGUACAAAUAACUCAUGUCAUAGUUGUAUUUUCUUUAUACAGAUGUAGCUUGUUACUUUUCAUAAAUGUGUAAUGUAAAUAUGCAUACAUAUGUUUGUAACUGUUUUUAUGUUACAUAAUACACUUGUAAUUUGACAUAUCAAAUAACAUUAUCAUAAUAAAAUGGUGAGUUUUA